AUGGAAGCGGAAACGGCGAAACCUGUGUUUAAGAGAAAAGAUCUUUCGGAGGUAAACCCGACGAUCGGGAAAAAGCGACAGUGGAAAUCUUUAAAGCAAAUACUGACACACGAGAAAACGUUGCCAUGGAAGGCGACGGACAUUACAUAUUCCUCCGUGAACGCACCACCGUCGUUGAAGCCGGCCAAAAAGUACUCCGACAUUUCCGGGUUGGUCGCGCCGUACACUGACCCACACUCGAAGCUACGGUACCACAACGCCGAGGAGUAUCAAACGAUACGCACCUUCCCGAUGGAUCUGACUGCCGGAUACUUGGCGCUCCGCGGUGCCACAAGCAUCGUUUGAGGUCAGAGAGACAAAUGCCACUCGGCACUGUUCGCUAACUUUUGUAAAGCAAACACCAAACUUAAUCGUUAUUCAUUUUAUUUAAGUAAAACAUCGA